AUGAAUCUUAACGAGUCCCCUGGUUUGCAAACCCUUGACGGAAGCCAUGACGGAAGGGUAAGGCUGGGAACCGGGCGGAGAAUAAUAGGGAUUGGCGGAGAAAGGGGAGGAGGAGGUGAGGGAAUUGCGGAAACGGAGGGUGAAAUAACGAGAGGUACAGUAACGAGUAAUGGGGAUCAAUCAGGAGGGGAUCAGUCGGGAAUUCCACCGUAUGAGACUGUUCCUAAUAAUAGUAGUGAUAAUAGUGAAGGGGAAGGGAAUAAGAGAGAAGCGAUCCGAGCAAGAGGCGCUAUUGCUGAGGUGAAAUUCGAGGAUGGCAUUGCGGAACAUGUGAUUGACAGAGGCGCUAUUGACAGAGAGCUCAAUCUUUCAGAGAGUGAGAGUGUGAGGGAGGGAGAAAAAGAGGAGGUCAAGAAGGAGGAAGAGGAGGAGAGGAGGAGGAAGGAGGAGGAGGAAGAGGCGGAGAAGGAGGAGGACAAGGUGUUUAGAUUUGACGAUGAGGAGGAGGAGGAGAAGGAAGAAGGGAGGAAAGGCGAUAAGCGACACGCAGGGCAGGGAAUUGGGAUGGUAGCAGGAUCAUCAUCAACAGAAGCACAAGGCGCAGCUGCUGUGAAAUACCCCUCAGUGGAGAGGGUGCGGUCCUGUGAGGGAGUUGCAGAGGACGAUAUUGUGCUGCGCAAGCUGCUCUCCCCGACACCCCUCAAGCUCACUCCCAAGACGCUCCCAGCCAACCUCGAGUGGCCACAGGGGUGGAAGCAUCAACCGGGGGUUGCACUGCAAACGUUCUGCUCACCGGAAGAAGGCAAGUGGGCAGCAGCACAUGCCACCAACCUGCGCUAUCGUGCCUUCCACCUCUUCCUGCGUUCGCUGGACUUUGAGGGCACUGUCAUCCUCGCUGACCCUACAGAUGUGCUCUUUCUUGCCAAUCCAUUUCCUACACUCAAUGACAUGUCGUUUCAUCUCUACACAGGCUCAACCACAUAUCCAACACAUGGUGUCCGUUUUCUGCCUCCAGAGCACAAGCGCCUGGCGACAUGUUACGGCACCCGCCUGGCAUUCUCGCUCGCAAAAUCGCGAAUCAUCACAUCCGGCUUUGUGGCUGGGACUAUGAGCCAGGUGCCAGAGUUUUUGAUACAGGUCAUUGAAGACUUUGAGAGGCUACCAGAGGAAUGUAUAGCGCUGGAGGGAAGCGAUGAAGCUGUUGUAAACCAUCUCGUCCGUUCAGGGCGCUUGAAAGAAGGUAUAGAUUUUUUGAAGAUAGAGGAUGCACAGCAGGGGAAUGUGUUGCAUCGGUUUAGUGCAGAAGACUCGUUUGAGGUGAAAGAAGGUGGAACGGUUGUGAAUGCAAUGGGGAGGACAGUCGUCGCAAUUCAUGGGUAUGACAAUUUUAUAGACUCCCAACUGCUUGUAAGGGAUGUGAUAGGGCUGGCAGGCCUACAAUUGUGA